GCUUCCUCCGUAUUCCCGCUUCGAUCUGACAUGAGUGGUUGCCGACGCACGUGGUAGCGUCGUAGUAGCGUCGCGGCUAAGCGCAGCAAUGAAGCGCGUAAACAGCCUCUAUCGCGCCGAGGUGGAGUCAGCGAUAGCUCAAGCACGAUAACCCGGUUGACUCGGUUAGCUCAGUCGCCGCUCGCAGCUCGGGACGACUGUUCUACAGAUACCGGAGCCGGCCUCGCUCAGGGUGCUGGGGCCGUUGCCCCUGUCAUUGCCGCCUCCUGCGCCCCAGCAAAGCCGGCCGCGUCGAAGCGGUAAUUGCACGUCACGUGCUGGUUCGACUGACCCCGAAAUCUGGCCGGUUAUGCGGAACUGGCUGCUCAACAUGGUGAAACCGAAGAACGCGAGGAGCGUCGCCGACCUGCCGGCUCGCCACAAGCCCGUCGUCAUGCACAAGGCGGCGUACGAGGAUGCGGUGUACGCGUUGAACAACCUGCAGAGCAACGAGGCCACCAUCCAGCGGGCGGCGCAGCACCCGAGCCCGGCCGUGCUCCGGUCCCUGCGGAUGCCCGAGCAUUUAGCGGCCGCCGGGGUGCAGAUGACCGACAUCGACGACCUCAGAGUGAUCCACGUCGCCGGCACCAAGGGCAAGGGUUCCACGUGUGCCUUUACCGAGAGCAUCCUGCGCUCCCACGGCUACAGGACCGGCCUCUACACCUCACCACACCUGGUCGCUGUCAGGGAACGCAUUAGAAUCAAUGGGAAGCCCAUCUCCCAGGAACUUUUUGCCAAGUACUUUUGGGAAGUGUAUAACGCACUGGAAGCCCAGGAGGCGGAGAAGAUGCUCCCAAUGCCGGCCUACUUCAUGUUUCUCACCGUCAUGGCCUUUAAAGUAUUUGUCAAGGAAAAGGUGGACGUCUUGGUGCUCGAGGUCGGGGUCGGGGGAGAGUAUGACUGCACCAACGUCGUCAGGCAUCCCAGCGUGGUGGGCAUCAGCUCGCUGGGCCUGGACCACACCCGGCUGCUGGGCUCGAGCGUGCAGGAGAUAGCCUGGCAGAAGGCGGGCAUCAUGAAGCCGGGAACGCCUGCCCUGUCGGUGCCCCAGCCGGAGGGGGCCCUGCAGGUGCUCGUACAGAGGGCCCGGGAGAGAGGGUGCUCCCUGCGGCUCGCACCCCCGCUGCUGGCCUACGACUGGGAGGUGCCGCGAUGUCGCCUGGGCAUUCCGGGCGAGCCCCAGCUUCAGAACGCCUCCCUGGCGCUGCAACUGUGCCGGGCCUGGCUGCAGAGGCACGCGGACAACAUCGUGGCAGACGCCGGAGAACCCGAGGUCGGAAAGCCGGCAGGGGACGGUUUACGGGCUGACUCUCCGGAGCACCACGCCCUGCCCUCCAUAGCGGCUCCCUUCUCCGUCUCCAAGCGCAUGGCUCGAGGCCUGGAGAACUGCCGCUGGCCCGGCCGGUGCCAGGUGGUGCCGCUGGGGCCCAGCCUGACCCUGUUCCUGGACGGGGCCCACACCGUGGAAUCGGUGGAUUUUUGCCUGCGCUGGUUCCGAGAGGCCCGCCGGGCCCAGGCGCCCCCGGGGACCCGGCCCUGGCCCGUGCUGCUCUUCAACUGCAUGGGGGACCGGCGUCCCGAGCUGAUGCUCUCCCAGCUGGCCGAGCACCCGUUUCGCACGGCCCUCUUCACCACCAAUAGGGUCGCCGACGACAAGAGCCCCUACUCGGACCAGAGCAACUUCACGGUGGAGCGGUGCACGGAGACUGCCCGGUGCCUGUCCAACAUGCGCAUCUGGUGCCACCUGUUGUCCAGUCAGCAGGAGGAGGAUGGGGAGGAGGAGGGUCCCGUUCCGGAGGAUUCCUGCUUUGUCUUUCCCUGCAUCUCGGAGGUCAUGCGGUGGCUCCGGCGAGAGUCGCUGGCCGCACAGCGUGCCACACCCCCCUACCACAUGCAGGUGCUGGUGACCGGGAGCCUCCACCUGGUGGGAGGAGUCAUGUCCCAGGUGGAUCCAGAGCUGGCACUCUCCUAACAGCUGCUCAUCUAGUGGCUGCUCUCCUAGUGGCCGCUCUCCUUGCGGCCGCUCUCCUUGCGGCCGCUCUCCUUGCGGCCGCUCUCCUUGCGGCCGCUCUCCUUGCGGCCGCUCUCCUUGCGGCCGCUCUCCUUGCGGCCGCUCUCCUUGCGGCCGCUC